ACCCCCGCCCGCACACCCGCACACGGCGCAGCCCAAGAAGAGCCCCCAAAAAGAUCCACCCGAAAACUCUCCAGCCGCCGCGCGCCGCGGCCGAGUCAGCCAACGCAGGAGGGGAGGGUUUUCCGGGCCCGCGCCACACGACCUUCCGGCGGGCGAUGGACACCGAAGCCGCGGGCAUGGACGAGGCGGAGGCGGCCUUCUUCGCGCGCCGGGGCCGCCGGUGCUGCUGCUUCCCCUGGCCCGCCUCUUCCUCCUCCCACCAGCGGGUCGGCGGGGCGGAGGAGGAGACCUGGUGGCAGCGCGCGGUGGACGCGGUGCUCAAGGUGCGCGAGUGGUCGGAGCUGGUGGCCGGCCCGCGGUGGAAGACCUUCAUCCGGCGGUUCGGCCGCAGCGGGCCACCCACGCGUCCCCACCACCACUUCGGCGGCGGCCGCAAGCUCAACUACGACGCGCUCAGCUACGCGCUCAACUUCGACGAGGGCCACGGCGCCAGCCCCGAGGGCGACUACACCGGCUACCGCGACUUCUCCGCGCGCUUCGUCGCCCCGCCGGCCUCCGCCAAGUCGUCCAUGGACCUCGGCGGCCGCGACGCGCCGCCGCUCUUCAACCCGCCGCCUCUGCCGCCCCACGACGGAGCCGGCCGGGCCUGACCUCACCGCCCCAUCGGUCAUCGGAUCGGAGCAGAGGAGGAACGAUGGUUGAUUGGUCAAAGGAAGGGUGCCGAAACUAUAUCAGAAAAAAACAUGGUGUCCCUUUCAUCUUGGAUUGGAUUGGAUAGAUUCGACGAUUCCGCGGGCGGGCGUGCCCCGGUGAAUGGUAAGCGAGAUCGCUGCGACAAACAAUUCCUUCCUCCCCUUCGUCCGUUCAGUUGAUUGAUUUGGUUAGCCAGCCACUGUAAAAAUGAGAUUGCUAUUACAUUCAUUGUCGUUUUACUGCUGCUGUAAUGAAUCCGUUCAUCCUGUCCCAGUUUUGCCCCCAAACAAUUGAAAUGAAGUGCACAAAUUACUGCAAUUUUUUA